GCGGCGGCCUGUGGGACGGAGCAGCGGCGCGGUUCUCGUAUCCUUUGUCUUCAGGCCGCGGCGGCCUCUUGGAUCCCUGCUCGGCGCCUCCGCUCCUCAGCCCCGCUGCCUCUCCGGCGGGCGACCAGCCCCAGUCCGUGCCGGGGCGGCGCCGGCUUCCUGCUCAGCGGCGCGCUUGCUGGUGGAGGAUCAUGUCGGCGGCGGCGGGAACGGGACCGGGGACGGAGGCGGGCUUCUCCAGCGAGGAGCUGCUGUCGCUGCGCUUCCCGCUGCACCGCGCCUGCCGCGACGGGGACCGGGCCGCCCUCUGCGCGCUGCUCCGGCAGGCGCCCCGCGCCCAGCUGGCCGCCGAGGACUCCUUCUACGGCUGGACGCCGGUGCACUGGGCCGCGCACUUCGGCAAGUUGGAAUGCUUAAUCGAGCUGGUGAGAGCUGGAGCCACUCUCAAUGUCUCCACCACGAGGUACGCCCAGACGCCGGCCCACAUCGCUGCUUUUGGAGGACAUCCACAGUGCCUCCUCUGGUUGAUUCAAGCAGGAGCCAACAUAAACAAACAGGAUUAUGAGGGUGAAACCCCUAUUCAUAAGGCGGCUCGCUCUGGUAGCCUAGAUUGCAUAAGUGCCCUUGUGGCUAACGGAGCUCACAUCGACCUGAGAAAUGCCAGUGGCCUGACAGCGGCAGACAUUGCGCAAACCCAGGGUUUUCAAGAGUGUACCCAGUUUCUCUUGAACCUCCAGAAUUGUCAUCUGAACUGUUUCUAUAACAAUGGCAUCUUAAAUGGGGUUCAUCAGAAUGUAUUUCCGAAUCAUGUUAGUAUGGGAACAAAUCGAAAGAGGUCCUUGGAAGAUUCGGAGUCCAUUGGUGUAAAGAAAGCUAGAACCGAAGCUCAAAGCUCGGGUCACUGCGUGCCGCUGGUGAACGGCGAGGCAGAAGACGAUGCUGACAACAUGCACGUUGAUAGAGAGUUCGCUGCUGUAACAGAUGUGAAAAACAGUAGCUCCGUAUCGAAUACGUUGACAAACGGAUGUGUCAUCAAUGGACAUUUGGACUUCCCCUCCAUGACACAGCUCAGUGGGAUGGAAAACAGAACUGACCAGUGCUUAACAGGACCUAAUGGAAUUAGCAAUGGACUAGUUCCAGGACUGCCAUUUGUGGGUAGCCAGGGCUCCCUGUCUGUUAGCAGUGCCGAGGAGCCAGAAAGGACCAUGAGCGUUAACUCUGACAUGUGCGGUUCCCUGCACCUCAACGGUAGUCCCAGUAGCUGUGUAGCUAGUCGACCUUCCUGGGUGGAUGAUAUCGAGGAGAAUCUGCACUACGGACAUUAUCAUGGGUUUGGGGACACUGCUGAAAGCAUCCCUGAGCUUAACAGUGUCAUAGAACAUUCCAAUUCCAUCAGAGUGGAAGAAAGAUACGACAGUGCUGUCCUGGGCAUGAUGCACCUUUAUCACGGCUCUUAAAAAUUUCUGGCCUGUCUUUUAUCUGAAAUGCGUUAAUCCUUCCUGUCAACCAACUCAGAAUAUUCAUGUAGCAUUAAUGUGAAGGAAUGCCUCGACUUGUGCUUUUUUUUCUAUACUUCAAAAUACUGAAAAAGGAACCUUUUGUUUAAGUUUCCUGUGAGUCCUAGUUUGUGCAGGAGUGGGGCUCCUUUAGUAUGUAGGUGCACACACAGUGGGACGUCAGUGUUUUUAUGAGAUGCACUCUUGGAUUUUAGUUUUUCUGUCACCAAAUAUUUCUUUUAUUAAUACUGUCACCAGAGAUUGUUCUGUUUCCUUUUGUCAAAAAAAACUAUACCUGUUCAAGAUAAACUAGGAGGCAGUAAAUGAGGAGCCUGGUAGUUUAUCUACGCCUGCGUCGUUUUGAAGAGCCUGCUUUUACCCUUUCCUGGUGAAUUCACGCCAGAACGCAGCCGUUUCCCUAUGCAAGACCCAGCCUUACGGCAGAUUCCUUCAGUGAUUCGUACGAAGAGCUUGUCUUUCUCAGCGUCCUUAGAGGUUACCUUUGUAACUCACCGUGUGGUGAGGAUGUUAAUUGUAGACACACACCGUGGACUGGGCAUGAAUGGCCUCCCCUAAUGAUGUGAAGGAGAUCACUGCUUUGUGUUUCACUGAAAACAGGCCAGCCUGGGACUUCUGACUUAAUCAUAUUGUUAUUCUGCAUUUCCUACCUUGUGUCUAGAAUUUUUACCACAGGUAACGGUUUCAUUUACAUGUAGUAGAAAUCACUGUUUGCAGGAACUGUCAGGUGGAAAUAUUUAACUAUUUUGACAUGUUUUCUUUCUUCUUUAGUUGUACUUUUGGGGGGUUUCCUCCUUUAAAAUAUAUACUGCUGUGUGUAUUCAGUUAGCGGAGAGAAUUUUUAAUCUCUCUCAGUAAAGCUGCAUUAUGUUUAUGGUUUUAGAGAUGUUAACUUUUGUUUAGACAACUUAGUGGUUACACUGUGCAGAUAUUGUAAUGGAGUUUUACUUUUCUGAUUUUUGUAAUAAAAAUUGGUGAAGAUAAAAUGUCAAAGGGUUAAACCAAGUGUUCCAAGAGUGUAACUGACGUUUUGUUGUAAAACUGCCCUUUACAAAUUGAAUUAAAAACUCUCACACUCA